UUGCGCUUGACAGUCCGCCCCGAAUUCGAGAAGGAGGGCGGGACGAUCCAUUGAAUCUCUCAGGCCCAAAAGAAAAGUUCGUCGAGGGCGGGCGACGAAGUGGGCCAUGCAUGGAGCAAGAAAAAUUCAGGGAGCGUGAAAUUCAUCGGCUUCGAAGGUUUUAUGGUUUGCUGAGGAACGGGCCGUCUGCGAAGGACGUUCUGUGGUGAUCGAGCAAGCGAGCUCCGACGGCCUCUGGAGAUGUCUCUGAAGAGCUCAUUGUUUGAUUGAAAUUGGCUUCACUGAUUGAUGGGUGCUUCAGCCUGCGGGGGAGGCGUUGAUGCAUGACAUAAGUGUUCUGAAGCAUCUGCUGUUAGUCUGAUGACAUUCUGCCUACCAGGUUGAUGUGCCUUUAGAAAAAGAGAAAAGCCUGUUGCAAUGCGGUCCGCCCGCUCUGUCACUGCGCUACUUCGUCGUGGCGCACAGCAGUCGACGACGAAGUGGCCGUUCCGCCCCACUGCUGAGCCCCGGAAUAAUUUCGGAGCGGUUUUGGCAAGGAGGUUUCUCUCCAGUGGAACUAAUGGAGAGUCGACUCAGCAUCGCAGAGUGUUCGGUAGAGCGUUGCCGAAUUGGGAGAAGACGCAAUCAUACAGGGGCAUUGUUCUCGCACUCGGUGCUAGUGGUUGUCUCGGCGGCUUGGUGUUAGUUGCUGUGGAUGGCGAUCUGAUACCUGUGCAAGCAUUUACAUCAACCGAUCCAGGUGAGGGGAAGAAAAAGCUAGUGGUGCUUGGCACAGGAUGGGGUGGCAUGAGUUUUCUGAAGCAGAUCGACACAAGACAAUACGAUGUGAAGAUAAUAUCGCCUCGAAAUUAUUUUGUUUUUACCCCUUUAUUACCAAGCGUGACAAAUGGUACGGUCGAGGCGCGCAGCAUAGCAGAACCUGUUCGUCGAAUGCUUAGUUCAACAGGUAAACAGGUUGACUUUUACGAAUCGGAAUGCGUCAAUAUUGAUGCCGUAAACAAGAAGCUUCUUUGUCGAGAUGCAUCAAAUGUUCGAGUGAAGGGUAAAGAAGAUUUUGAGGUGGAUUAUGAUUAUCUCAUAGUUGCGGUCGGGGCGAUGUCCAACACAUUCGGCACUGAAGGAGUGAAGGAGUAUUGUCACUUUUUGAAGGAGUUAGAAGAUGCCGAAAAGAUUCGAGAGAGUGUUGUAGAUUGCUUCGAAACAGCCUGCCUUCCUCAUUUGUCGGACGAGGAAAGAAAACGCAUGCUUAGUUUUGUAAUCGUGGGAGGUGGUCCCACCGGGGUUGAGUUUGCAGCAGAGCUGUAUGAUCUGGUCUCUGAGGAUCUAGCAAGCCUGUACCCUAGUGUCAAAGAUCUCGUCACUGUUACUGUCAUCCAAUCUGGAGAUCACAUUUUGAACACUUUUGAUCAUCGAAUCAGUAAGUUCGCCGAAGAAAAGUUCCAGCGAGAUGGAGUAACAGUUAAAACUAAUUGUCGAGUUCUGAAAGUCAACGAGAAAGAUGUUUUAGUUAAAGAGAAGGCAACUGGACAAGAAGUCCAUGUGCCUUUUGGUAUGGCUGUUUGGUCUACUGGGAUUGGAACUCGCCCUGUUCUUACGAAGUUCAUGAAGACAAUAGGCCAGACAGAUAGAAGGGUGUUGGCUACUGAUGAGUGGCUAAGAGUGAAAGGCUGCAAAGACGUCUGGGCAGUUGGUGAUUGUGCCACUAUCGAACAGCGAAAAGUGGUUGAUGACAUCGCAUAUUUGUUCGAAAAGGCUGAUAUAGAUAAAUCAGGAACAUUAGAGAUUGAAGAGUUUCAAAGGACUAUGGAGAAAGCUAGAGAAAGGUACCCACAACUGGAAGUGUAUCUGCAGCGUCAAAAGUUUCGGCACGUUGUGGAUAUGGUGAAAAUAUCCCCAGGCGAUGCAAAGGAGAAGGCGAUGCAUCUGAAUGUUGAUGAGUUCAAGAAAUCCCUCGCUCAAGUUGAUAAACAGUUAAAACUAUUUCCUGCAACUGCACAGGUUGCAGCACAGCAAGGAGCAUACCUGGCCGCGUGUUUCAAUGCCUUGCCAAAGAAAGACUAUAAACCGGAAGGGCCCGAGCGAAUCCGUGGGGAAGGGCGUCACCGAUUUCGACAAUUUCAGUAUAGGCAUAUGGGACAGUUUGCACCAUUGGGGAGUGAACAAUGUGGAGCAGAAUUGCCAGGAGAUUGGGUGUCUAUAGGCAGAAGUACUCAAUGGCUUUGGUAUUCCGUGUACGCCAGCAAACAAGUCAGCUGGCGUACAAGAGCGUUGGUGUUGUUUGACUGGACGAAGCGUCUAUUUUUUGGUAGAGAUUCCAGUCGUAUGUGAAGAUCUCUUUCUUUAAGUUACAAUUGUAUAUUGCCCUCUCCGGAUAAGCUGAAAGAGAGAAAAGUCCCAUUCAGUCACAAUAUCGUCCACGUUGGACGAAGGUUUUUCUUUCGUGAUAUUCCUCACAUUGAACGCCAAGAGUAAGUGUAAAAUAUGUUUUAAAUAUAUAUGAUUUGAAAGAUCAGCGAGUUCGGAGGUCUACAGGACGUCAAAUUAUGCCAUAGAUGAGAAUCUGGAAGGACUUACUCGCCACUAACUAAAUUGGGGUGACUGGUCCCGAUGAUUGUGCUUUAUUUCGUACUAUCACAGAGGAUGAGAUAAUUAUCUGCCCCUUGUCUCCUUACGCCAUGGCAGCUCGCUCUUCGCUUCUCUUUUCUCUCAGGAACCAAUCUCCCGUGGUAAUAACUCUGUUUUAAGCUCCCUGGUUUUAGAGGUUGCUUCGAUUCAAAAUAUAGGAUUCGUAGUUUAACAGAGCGAAAUAUCGCAAAGAACUUCAUGAAGACCUAGCGAGGUGUUGAGCAAGCAGGAGAGAAACGAAGUAGCAAUAUGAGAAACGGGGCAUUGUAGUUUGCUUGAAUCAAAAAGAUCUAGUUUUUCUUGCUAAUGACGAAGCUGAUGAUGCAAGCUGAUUUUAAAUUCGUGUGAUUUUCCCCUAAGUUUGUACCUCAUCUCUUCAGUAGCAGUUUGCACCAGACCAAGAUUACAGAGUACCAGACCUUCACCGUCCCAUAGACUUUCAAUAUCUUUCCAUAUUUCAUAUAUUCAUCCAAAAAAAAUUA